AUGGAUUAAAUAACGGUCUAAAAUGUUAGAUUGAUGCUUUUUGAUGAGUAGACAUUUCAAAAAAUUAAUGAAGAAAGAAUGGAAUAAGUAGCAGACUUUUAUUUAACCAUAGAUGGAUAGUAAGUUAAAUACACUUUGCACGAAGAAUCUAUCAUAGUUUAAAGAUAUUUAACAUGGCUGCAUCAUUACAUCGAUAAAAUUAAAUAUUUUGGAGAAGAUAAAAUAUAUUCCCAUCUAAAAAUUUUAAGCGAUACCAUGCACCUUGUAAAAAGAUAUUUUCUUAGAUGGAGUCCAGUUACUUGCUAAAAUAUAGAAUAAGUUUGUAUGACAAGUUAUUUUGUAGCCUUGAAGAUUUAAAAUUUACACAUUUAGGAUAGAACUCUAGAGAAAAUUAAGACAUUAAAAUUAAAGCAGGGAAUGGAUAAAUGUAAGUUUAUUGGAGAUUAACAUUAUCCUGAAAUUGAAAAAGAGUUUCUUGAACAUUUAUAUUUUAAUAUUCAGACUGAGUCUAUUUAUCGUGUAAUAGAGAGUCUUAUGCAUUAUGUUUAAGAACAAUUAAAAUCCAAUUAAAAAGAGUUCAUAUAAAUACAACAAGAAACUAUUAAGCUUUCUAUAAAUGUGUUUUUGGAUUACGAUACUAUAUUCUUAUACGAUUAAGCUAUACUAGGACUUUGUUGCGUUUUAAUUAUUUUACAAGGAAAAAAUAAGUGCAUUGAAUAAAUUCUUCCAAAUGAAGUUUAAUAGCUCAUUAAAGAAAAUGAAGCACUCAUUACAAAGGUGAGUUAAAAAAUUAAAAAUGCAAAACUCUUUGAUUUAAAGGAGGUUUAGUUGAAAUACUUUUCUGCUUUUAACAAUGCAAAAUAAAACUAAACUUUUAAAAAACCAGAAGUGAGGGCAUCUUCAACUAACAGCUCUAAUAAAAACAAUGUAAUAGGAAACUUACAACCAAACAAUCCCAACAAUACUAAUGGAGGAUCCAAUCUAAAUAUUAUAGGAGCGGCACCAUUCUAAAAGAGCAAAAAUAUCAAUUAGGUACAAAAUAGUUAGCCAAAUAUUUCAAAUAAUUCUGUUUAGCCAAAAGAAGUAACUUAAAUGUAGAUAGAAAAUAACCAAAUUAAUUAAAGUACAUAAGGUACAGACAAUAAAUAAUAGCAAUAAAAAUAAGUAGAACCUCUUCAAAAUAAUUAAUAACCUGAAGUUAAACCAAUUAAUAUAAACGAAAGUGCUUAAACAUCUAACAUAAGUUCGAGCAAUAAUUAAAAUGUAGCAAUUUAAAAUUCUAAUAAAAUUAUCCUUUAAAAAGUAAAUACUGUUGUAUCCUAACCUAAUAAUAAAGAUCCAUUAUAAAAAACUUCACUCCCUAAUAAUAAAGUCUCUUCUUAAUUGAAUAAUGAUACUUCUUCAAUGUAAUCUGAAAACUCUGAGUAAUCAUAAUAAAAUAUUGUUAAUAGCUCUACAAAUAAUGAAAUGGAAAUAGAAAAUGAAAAUUAGGGUUAAGUAAAAUAAAACGGGAGUUCAUAAAAGAAUCAUGAAGAACAAAGCAAUAAUUCACAAGACAAAGCAAAUUCUAAUAAUUUAAAGGAUGAUAAAAGCUAAAAAAAUCAGUAAAAACCUAUUUAACCUAUGAAGAUAGCUAAGCAAGAUAACAUUAAUCCUCAAGUAUAAAAUGUUAAACCUGAGUAAAGUAAAGAUAGUUAAUAAAAUAACUCAACCCAGAAAGAAGAAUAAUAGAAUAAUUCAAAUUCUAUGGAGAUUGAAGAGCCUUUGAAUCAAUAAACUGUAUCAACUUAACCUUCAUAAAAUAAUUCUGCAUAAACUGCUGCUUUAUAAAAUAUAUAAAAGAGUGUCCCCCCAAAAGUAAAUUCUACUCCUUCUAAUCAAGGUUCAGCUUAAAUUAAGCCUUAAUAAUCUUAAUAAAAUGUAUAAAAACCAUAAAAUCCAGCGAACUAGUAGGCUAAUUCUGCACCUAACACUAAACCUUAAAGCGCUAACCCAUAAACAACAUAGAAUUAGCAACAAAAUAAGAUUAAUAAUCCUGCUGCUACUACUAAUUCAAAUACCUCAAAUGUUUUGAAUUAAAAUAAACCAAAUACAUCUGCUGUAACAUAAAAUAGUUAAACCAAACCUUUAAAUUAGACUAAUGGCUAAAGUAGUAAUGGGAGUGCUAUAUCAAAUUCUUCUUAAAUAAAACCUGCAAAUCCUUCUCAACAAAAUUAAAAUAAACCUUAAACAUAAAAUCAGACUGGCGUAGUCUAAAAUAAGCCAGCAAAUAACACAACAGCUGGGACACCAGCAGGAUCAACACCUAAUACAACCCCUAAGAAUACUACUUAAGUAUAAAAUUAACAAGGCACUAACCAAAAACCUGUUCAAAAUUCAUAAGGAAUUCAAUAAAAUUAAUAAAAUCGAUCAGCUAGUUAAAAUUCUGUUUCAAGUGGAACAAAUACAACAUAAAAUAAAGUUGCUGUUUAAAAUUAAAAUUCAAGUAAUAUUAAGCCUUAAAAUAGUGUAAAUCCUAACUAAGCAAAACCUGUUAACUCUUAGUAAGCUCAAGGUAAUACUUAAAAUCCUGUUAAAACAUAAGUGAAUCCUGCAAUAGGAACAGGACAAGGUUAAAAAACUCAAGCAAAUCCUUAAGCUGCUGUCAAAAUACAAAAUACACAAUCAAACCCUUAAGCACUUAAGCCUCAAACUCCAGGAUAAAACACUAAUUUAAAUAAACCAGGCUAAUCUUCAGCAACUAAUAUCAGUAAGCCAAAUCCUGCUAAUCCUGCUGGGUAAGUGAAUGCUAGUAAACCAGUUAAUAAUGGUACAGCUAGUAAUACAAAUGUUUAAAAAACGCCAUAAUAAUAGUAGAAUUAAGCAAUAAAAUAAUAGAAUCCAUAAAAUUAAAGUUAAAGCUAAUAGGUAAAACCAGUUUAGACACAAAACACUUAAAGACCUUAGCCAUAAUAACCUGGCACAAUUAAUUAAGGUUAAAAAUAACCAAUUUUAGCAUAAAAGUAAGUAAACCCUAAUGGAACCUAAAUCCAACCUGGAGUAGGAGCUUCCAAUUCUCAGAGAUCUACUCCUGCAACUCCAACUAAAGCUACUCACAGUAACCAAUAUAGAUUAACUGCUUCAACUACUCCUACUAAACAAGCGUCUACUCCUACUAAGAUACCUUAAUCAUCUACACCAACUAAAACUGUUUCUUCUAAUAGCUAACAAAAAAAAGAGAGCUCAUAAACACAUGUAAACAAUUUUAGUUUAUCUACAUCCUCUACAAAUUAAGGUGAAAAAAAUUAUUCAUAAUCCUAAUAAACUAAAGACAGUGGAUCAUCUAAUAAUCCAAUAGGAUAAAAAGAAUAAAAAGAUAAUUAGUCUUAACAAAGUACAAAUAUGAACCGAGAAAGUUCAGCCCACAGCUCUCAUUCUACUUCAAAAGAUAAUUUGUCUUAAGAAUAACCAAGUUCAGGAUCUUCAACUACAUUAAAAACAAAUUCAAAAGUCUAUUCUACUAGUAGCUCGAACUCUAAUAGCUAGCAAAAAACCUCCUCGAACACAUAUUAGUAUUAAUAACAAAAUAAAUCAUCUGAUUCAUAAAAAUAGCAAAACAACUCAUAGUCUACAAUAAAAAGUUAAAGUAGUGGAUCAUAAACAAAACAAUAAACUACUUCUUAAAGCUAAAGUGAUAAAUUGAAAGAACAAAAAGAAUCAGAAACUAAAAAAAAUAAUAAUGACGAUGAUGAUGAAAUGGAAAUAGAAGGAUAUACUUCUUUUUCUCUCACAAGCUUGAUUACACACGAACCUAGUAAUAUAGAUAAGAAAGUUACUCCUGCUGAAAGUACUGUUUAGAAUUCUUAAAGCGUUAUACCUGCUGGAAGUGAUGAUUCAAAUUCCCUAGAAAAAAAUUCUUAAAGCAAAUUAUCGAAUAGUCAAAGCAAUGUAAAUGGAGUGACAUCUUCUUCUAAUGUUACUGCAAGCAAACAAACAGUAGAAACUGGAUUAAAUAAUUUAGUAUUAGAAAGGUAAUCAUCUAAAACUGAAAAACCAUAAGUCAAUAGUGAACAGAGCCAAGAAACUUCAAGCAGUAACAUAAAAGCAGAUGAUACUAAAAAUAAUGGUAACUCUUAAAAAAAAGAUAGAAGUAGUAAAGAAACAAGCCAUGAUCACAAGGAUAAUAAAGAUAAAGAUAGGGAGAGAGAUAGAGAUUACUAUAGAGAUAAAGAAGAUAGGGCUAAAGAUAGGGAUAGUGAUAGAUAUAGAGAUAGGAAGAAAACCUCUGAUCGUGACGAUAGAGAUCAUAGAGAUAAAAAGUAUGAACAUGAUCGUGACGAUAGAGAUAAGAGAGAUAAAAAGAGUGACCGUGAUAAUAGUGAUCGAGACCACAAAGAUAGAGAAUAUAAAGAAAAAGAUAGGGAGAGAGAGUACAAAGAUAAAGAUAAAGAAAAGGAUAAGGAUAGAGACAGAGAGAGGGAUAGAGAUAGAGAGAAAAGAGAUAGGAGAGAUUACUAUGAUAGAGACCAUUAUGAUAGAGAUAGUAGGGAUUAUAGAAAAGAAAGAGAUUAUAAGGAUCGUGAUAAAGACAGAGAUCCUAAAGAAAAAGAAAGAGACUAUAGAGAUGAUAGAGAAAGAGAUCGUGACUAUAAAGAAAAAGAUAGAUAUAGAGACAAGGACAAAUAUUAUUAUGAUCAUAAAGAUAGUGAAAGAAAAGAUAGAUAUAAAGACAAAGAUCAUUCUAAAGAUGAAUCUUCUAAAAGAAAAGAAAGUGAAACAUCUUAAACAAAAGAAAAAGAAGAAAAUAAAAAAAAAGAAUAAUAAAGUAGCUCCGAAGGAACUAAAGAAGAAUUAAAGAGAAGAGAAAGCUAUUCAAGUAAAGAGGAGUCUAAAUAAAAGAAUUGA